CUAUUGAUAACUAGAAAUAAAGGGUGACUUAUUGUUCAUACAAAGACAUUUCUCUUCCCAUCUUCCUUAUUAUCUCCUCUGCUCCCAACUUACAUAACCCCAUACAGUACCACAUACCCAGAAAAUAUAGAGCUUUAAUGGGAUCUGUAGCAGAAGCAGAAGCAGCAGACAGUUGUACACCAAGAUUACCACUACUAUCAAAGCCUGUUGUAUAUAUGCAAUCACCCCAGAGGUCAGGGAUGGUAACUCCGCCGCUCUACUCCUCAGCCGCCGUACCGUUCCGGUGGGAGGAGGAGCCUGGUAAGCCAAGAGAACGCCUUACCACUGCUGGUUCGACUUCCCCAGUUGAACUUAGCCCUAAAAGUCUAGAAUUGCCUCCAAGAAUGUUCUUGGAAAACAAUUCUAGUAAGCUUACACCUUCACCAACCACAGUGUUGGACGGUCCUUAUAUCAGUAAGUCGUCAAGAUUUCAGUCAUCUUCGUUCCGAAUGAUAAGAAGAGAGCGUUACGGAUCGUUUCGUGGAGUAAGUUUUGGUCCUGAGAGAGGUGAUCAGCUUGGUGAUUUAGUGCUUAGCAAGCAAGGUAUUGUUAAAGAUAGAAGUUUAUGGGGUUCUUGGAGGUGGGGAAGGAGGGGUAUUAAAGGAAAAAGAGAUGUUGGUGGAGCUAGCUAUGUGUUUCCAUCACUGUCAAUGGAGGAUAGAGAAUUAGAAUAUAGCAAUGAAGAAGAAGAAGUAUUAACCAGCAACACUCUUUCAAGUCAUACCAGGUCUCAUUUCUGGGCAACUAUUUAUGAAGGGUUGAAACAGGUAGUUCCAUGGAGAAGCAGAAAAGUAAAGAAAGAAGGGUUACUUAUUUGACUUUUCUUAGAAGAAAUUCAUUAAAUUGGUCAUGGUCUAGCCCUGUGAUCACUCUCUUUCAAAGAGGUUGCUAUGGAGGGCCCGUAAGCCUUUGCUUGCUGCACCCUCAAUUGUGGGUGCCAUUUAUGGAACAAAUUAUUGCGGACUUUUGUAGCCAUGUGGUUAGUAUUGCAGUAUUAAAUGUAUCAUCAAGUUACUGUCAUUUAUAAAGACUAAAAUGACAUUGUUCAAUAGAAAGUUAGGAUCACAACUCUGAUGGUUUGUUGAAUAUAUUGUUGGGUUGGUAUGCAUUCAUGUCAAACCUAUAACGUCUCUUUUCUCAA